ACACGUAAAGGUCUCACUAUAUAUAUUCGGAAAUUCAAAUUUCAGUAACCACUUCAGCAAACAUGAUUUUGCGUCAAUAUUGUAUAUUUUGUAUUAUAUUGCUUUCCCAAAAGUACAUCGUAGGUACUGUUCCUGUAUACAAUUCAAGUGCUGGAAAUGCCGCUAAAAUAAAAGAAUCUACACAAUUUAUGAAUCCUGUAAAAGCAGAUACGUCGAAUAAUCGUAUCCUUGAUAAAUCGGAUAAUGAAUAUAAAUCUGAAACAAAUCGGACAGAAUCUUCAUCUCUUUCAACUGCAACAAAACUGUUACAAAAGCAACCAAUAACAGUGCCCACUAGUAAUUUAAGCAAUUCAGACAAUGCAAGUACCAAUAAAACUACACCAUCAAAUGAAACUCCAACUGAUGCAGAUGAAAGUAGCUCGAACACUAAUUCAAGAAAAAUAUCUAGCCAAAAUUUAAACUCAGAGGAUAAAACAGAGGACUCAGAGGAUAUAAACAGUUUAGAUAGUGCAAGUACCAAUACGACUAAACUAUCAAAUGAAACUCCAACUGAUGCAGAUGAAAGUAGCUCGAACACUAAUUCAGCAAAAAUAUCUAGCCAAAAUGUAAACUCAGAGAGUAAAACAGAGGACUCAGAGGAUAUAAGCAGUUCAGAUAGUGCUAGUACCAAUACAACUAAACUAUCAAAUGAAACUCCAACUGAUGCAGAUGAAAGUAGCUCGAACACUAAUUCAGCAAAAAUAUCUAGCCAAAAUGUAAACUCAGAGGAUAAAACAGAGUACUCAGAGGAUAUAAACAGUUCAGAUAGUGCAAGUACCAAUACAACUAAACUAUCGAAUGAAACUCCAACUGAUGCAGAUGAAAGUAGCUCGAACACUAAUUCAACAAAAAUAUCUAGCCAAAAUGUAAACUCAGAGGAUGAAACAGAGGACUCAGAGGAUAUAAGCAGUUCAGAUAGUGCAAGUACCAAUACAACUAAACUAUCAAAUGAAACUCCAACUGAUGCAGAUGAAAGUAGCUCGAACACUAAUUCAGCAAAAAUAUCUAGCCAAAAUGUAAACUCAGAGGAUAAAACAGAGUACUCAGAGGAUAUAAACAGUUCAGAUAGUGCAAGUACCAAUACAACUAAACUAUCGAAUGAAACUCCAACUGAUGCAGAUGAAAGUAGCUCGAACACUAAUUCAGCAAAAAUAUCUAGCCAAAAUGUAAACUCAGAGGAUGAAACAGAGGACUCAGAGGAUAUAAGCAGUUCAGAUAGUGCAAGUACCAAUACAACUAAACUAUCAAAUGAAACUCCAACUGAUGCAGAUGAAAGUAGCUCGAACACUAAUUCAGCAAAAAUAUCUAGCCAAAAUGUAAACUCAGAGGAUGAAACAGAGUACUCAGAGGAUAUAAACAGUUCAGAUAGUGCAAGUACCAAUACAACUAAACUAUCGAAUGAAACUCCAACUGAUGCAGAUGAAAGUAGCUCGAACACUAAUUCAGCAAAAAUAUCUAGCCAAAAUGUAAACUCAGAGGAUGAAACAGAGGACUCAGAGGAUAUAAGCAGUUCAGAUAGUGCAAGUACCAAUACAACUAAACUAUCGAAUGAAACUCCAACUGAUGCAGAUGAAAGUAGCUCGAACACUAAUUCAGCAAAAAUAUCUAGCCAAAAUGUAAACUCAGAGGAUGAAACAGAGGACUCAGAGGAUAUAAGCAGUUCAGAUAGUGCAAGUACCAAUACAACUAAACUAUCAAAUGAAACUCCAACUGAUGCAGAUGAAAGUAGCUCGAACACUAAUUCAGCAAAAAUAUCUAGCCAAAAUGUAAACUCAGAGGAUAAAACAGAGUACUCAGAGGAUAUAAACAGUUCAGAUAGUGCAAGUACCAAUACAACUAAACUAUCGAAUGAAACUCCAACUGAUGCAGAUGAAAGUAGCUCGAACACUAAUUCAACAAAAAUAUCUAGCCAAAAUGUAAACUCAGAGGAUGAAACAGAGGACUCAGAGGAUAUAAGCAGUUCAGAUAGUGCAAGUACCAAUACAACUAAACUAUCAAAUGAAACUCCAACUGAUGCAGAUGAAAGUAGCUCGAACACUAAUUCAGCAAAAAUAUCUAGCCAAAAUGUAAACUCAGAGGAUAAAACAGAGGACUCAGAGGAUAUAAGCAGUUCAGAUAGUGCAAGUACCAAUACAACUAAACUAUCAAAUGAAACUCCAACUGAUGCAGAUGAAAGUAGCUCGAACACUAAUUCAACAAAAAUAUCUAGCCAAAAUGUAAACUCAGAGGAUGAAACAGAGGACUCAGAGGAUAUAAGCAGUUCAGAUAGUGCAAGUACCAAUACAACUAAACUAUCAAAUGAAACUCCAACUGAUGCAGAUGAAAGUAGCUCGAACACUAAUUCAGCAAAAAUAUCUAGCCAAAAUGUAAACUCAGAGGAUAAAACAGAGUACUCAGAGGAUAUAAACAGUUCAGAUAGUGCAAGUACCAAUACAACUAAACUAUCGAAUGAAACUCCAACUGAUGCAGAUGAAAGUAGCUCGAACACUAAUUCAGCAAAAAUAUCUAGCCAAAAUGUAAACUCAGAGGAUAAAACAGAGGACUCAGAGGAUAUAAGCAGUUCAGAUAGUGCAAGUACCAAUACAACUAAACUAUCAAAUGAAACUCCAACUGAUGCAGAUGAAAGUAGCUCGAACACUAAUUCAACAAAAAUAUCUAGCCAAAAUGUAAACUCAGUGGAUAAAACAGAGGACUCAGAGGAUAUAAACAGUUCAGAUAGUGCAAGUACCAAUACGACUAAACUAUCAAAUGAAACUCCAACUGAUGCAGAUGAAAGUAGCUCGAACACUAAUUCAGCAAAAAUAUCUAGCCAAAAUGUAAACUCAGAGAGUAAAACAGAGGACUCAGAGGAUAUAAGCAGUUCAGAUAGUGCUAGUACCAAUACAACUAAACUAUCAAAUGAAACUCCAACUGAUGCAGAUGAAAGUAGCUCGAACACUAAUUCAGCAAAAAUAUCUAGCCAAAAUGUAAACUCAGAGAGUAAAACAGAGGACUCAGAGGAUAUAAGCAGUUCAGAUAGUGCUAGUACCAAUACAACUAAACUAUCAAAUGAAACUCCAACUGAUGCAGAUGAAAGUAUCUCGAACACUAAUUCAACAAAAAUAUCUAGCCAAAAUGUAAACUCAGUGGAUAAAACAGAGGACUCAGAGGAUAUAAACAGUUCAGAUAGUGCAAGUACCAAUACAACUAAACUAUCAAAUGAAACCCCAACUGAUGCACAUGGAAGUAGUUCGAACACUAAUUCAACAAAAAUAUACAGCCAAAAUGUAAACUCAGAGGAUAAAACAGAGGACUCAGAGGAUAUAAACAGUUCAGAUAGUGCAAAUACCAAUACAACUAAACUAUCAAAUGAAACUCCAACUGAUGCAGGUGAAAGAAGCUCGAACACUAAUUCAACAUUAAUUGUUUUAGUGAUACUAUAUUUAUGGAAAUUCAGAGCUAGUGGUUAUGACAUUAUUUAAAAUUCUCUUUAUAUAUAAUUAUGAUAAAGGAAUAUCAAAAAUAAAUUUACAAAAAUAUA